AUGAACUCCUUUGGCAGUAACGAGCACUACUUGGGCAUGAACGAUCCAUCGUUCGACAUGUUCGCCGAGUUCGCUGAUAUGGAGCAGAUUGCCAGCAAAGGACCUCAGCUUGAUCAACAAAGCCAAACCAACAACAAGGUUGCCGUCGAUCCUGCCAAUGUUAUACUGAGGUUAGUCAUGGAAUACCAGAUCAAGGCAACCCAGCAACUUGGCAAGAUUGAGGAGAAGCUGGAGAAGAUUAGCCAGAAAAGUGACGAUCUUGAGAAAAAGAUCGAUGAACAGAGCAAAAGACUGGAAAAGCUAGAGACGUACUCUCUCGAGCGAUCGCAGGCGAUCAUUGAAAGACAAAACGAGUGCAUUGGUCUGCUGGAAUCCCCGGGGUUGAGGCAGAGGUAUGCAGCGUCGGACUACGGCCAUGACUCUGACUCUCUGUCCGAUUACUCCGACUCUGGUUUCAGCCAGGAAUCAGAGUCUAACUCGGACAUUUUUACCCGCCAUGAUCUGAACUACCACUGA